UAGCUGGCAAAUCUGGCCAGAUACUCCUAAUUAGUUAAUGAUUAAUGUGUGUCAAACUGAUUUAUCUCUAUAUUGUAUGUAUAUUCUCCUAAACCUUUGCUUAAAUUUGUACAAAAAACCCCAAAACAUUCCAGUUAAUUUUGGCAAUAACAAAGGUCAUCAACAGCGGCACCAAAUAAGAGACAAAGGAAAGAAAAAAGAAAAAAGAAAAUAAAAAAACGCAAACACCUGGUGUAACAGACUUCACAUUUAAAAUGAUAAACCCCUCCACUCAAAAGCAACUUAAAUAGCGCAGAUGAUAUUUUGAAAACCCUGUUAAGUGCAUCAUUGCAUGAGGCGACGUUGCCGUGGGAGCCGCAGACGCCAGUCGAGGAGGACCAACCUAAACCCGACGCCCGCUCUGACGGACAAAGAGCCUCGACCAAUCAGAGCGCGCCUCGCCAAAUCAGGGACCAAUCAGAUGGCUCGGGGGGCGGUGCUAACCCAAUCCUCAGGACAAGAGGAGGUAAGUGUGUUACCACCAGAAGAGAUGAGCAGCAGCUAGCAGCAGGUCGUGAACGCUGCGUCUACGGCCACUCUCAAGCGGCUGGUGAAGAUUUUAUUUCAACCGAGGGCAUUUUCUCCAAAGGGGUCGAUAGAGCUGAAGGUGCUCCCCCUCCCCUCCACCCCAUGUUUUUUUUUUUCUUUUCUUUUGCUUUUCUCUACCGCGAGGACAUGUUACGGAAGGAGAGGCCUUAAAGUGAAGAAGGAGAACGCAGGAAUCCCCAAAUAAAUAACCCGAAAGACUUUCGGUCGUCUCCUCGGAAUGAAUCUUCUCUUCUUAACUGGAUGAAAUGCCUUGACCCCACCCCCGCCGCACUAUGGCAGGUUUCGUGUCCGCUGUGGGUCUGGUGGUGAUGCUCGAGGCUCUCAUGCACACUCACAGCCAGCGUGCAAUGUUUCUGGGGAUGGCGGUGUUGGUAACAGUGAUCACGGCCGACUCACCUGUUGCAGACAAAUCUCUGCUGGACUCUACACACCACCCCAUGGACAUUUUGGGAAAUAAAAGUCCAACCGGUCCGUCACCGUCAGCCUUAACAGAUUCACAUUAUACUGCCUUAGAGAGCCAGGACUCACCUGUUGCCCUGUCAUCCGUUCGCAAACCAAGCCACGGAGCUAGUACUGCAAACACCGAGCUUUUUGAACGGGGACAUAUAUCAUAUGAAAGCACCAUCGUCAAAAGGGAAACACAAUCAGAAGAACCAUAUAUUCCGACUGCUUCAUCAUUGGGUGACUCUGAACCUGCACUUGGGUCUGUUCCACAAUUUCAGACACUAGCUGAAUCUGCCACAGACUGGAAGAUUGUCAAGACAAAUUCAGACCACCAGUCAUCCUCUCUUUCUCCAGUUCCUACAGAAUCCCAGUCAAAUACACCUAUAACACCAUUUGACCACUCUGCUGCAAGACCAACACUUCAGCUAGGUACUCAUUCUACGCAGAAAGAAAUAUUUAGCAAGCAGCAGGGUGAGGCAUUGGAACAAACAUUGACAAUCACAGCCUUAGAACCGAGUAAGCCUCUUGAUCAGGCGUUUGCAGAUGAAUCUUACGGCAAAAUAGUGGAUGUAAACCAUCUGAGCCCAAGCAGCACCCCCUUGAAAGUUGACAAACCUACACAUGAGAUAGGUAUGCUACGCAAUGCAAAUGAGAUUCUCUCUCCGAGCUACAGUGUGCCUUUCAUUGCCCCCUACCCUGCAUCACCCUCAUCUCAACCCACUGAGGUUGCUCCAGAGGACUUCUACCCCACCAACACCAUGGACGUUGACUGGGGGUCGGGGGACUACUUGGAGACAAUGUCUUUCUUUGAUUCGGACAAAGACGAAUACUCUCUGUUUACCAAGGUGCCCUCUGACUCUUAUGAAAUGGAGGACUAUACCGAAACCUAUAACACAUCCUUCCCUUCCAGGGUGGGCAUAUCCCUUUCGUCUUUGCAACCUCUGAUUCCAUCGCCUUCUCCUAGCUUCAUAACAGCACACAGCAGCAGCACUGUUCAACUUAAAUCCAUUCAUCCUUCUUCAUUUUCCAGUACAGAUCAGUUAUCAAUAGAACCUACUUCUGCAACUAUCGGCGAUAUUCCAGACUUAUCAGACAUAGAUUGGCCAGAUACCUUCACAAUCCACCCAACAGAUGUCCUCUUACCUGACAUGAACAGUUUGGAGUAUUACACCACCCAGUUGACCAAGGAGAACAACGGUUCAGAAACUGGAGCUGAGCACAGAGGGAACGUUACUGUGGUGUCCAUCAGUACUACAGACAUCACACCCACCAACGGCCUCAUCAAUGAUUCUAAAUUUACUGAGGAUGAGUCCUCCGGUGAUAUUUCAGGGUUUCAGCCUAAUGAUGAGACAACCACGAUAGGUACCACAGUUGAGAGUCCUCAUUUGGUUAAUUCAUCUGAGCUCUUCCUCGAACCUUCCAUAGUCCCAGUCCUUGAUCCCUCUUCUUCCAUCUGGGGUGGUCAGGUGUCCACCACAGGUUGGUUUGCACAUUCACAAACUGUUGGCCUAGAUGGCACUGUAUUAACAGAAACUGUGCAACACAGUGCCACACCUUUACUGCCAGAUGUUUUUACAUCGUCCUCAUCCCUGACAGAUGUUCAUUGGUUUGUUACGGAGGAUAUCCCAGAGUCUGCUACCAUACAUACCACCAUUGUCUUAACUACAACUAUAGCCUUCUCCACUGUUCCCACUGAACCUGCUGGCACAACUUUCCAAGACUCUGCUUUUACAACUGAACAAACACUCAAUAUAACCUCAGCUUCAACUGAACCAGCAUCUCAAAAUGCCACUGUGUUCCCACCAGUUGAGUUAAGUGAUCAGGGAGUGACUGACAAUGGAGUUGACAGCCCAGCCACAGUGACCUUGGUUCCAUCUAGCAGUGAAGUUAAUAGAGUCUCUGCUGCACCCACAAGUACAACUGCCACAACUACUCCUCCUCAAGCCACAACCGGAAUGACUGCCACUACUGAAGCCUCAAUUAGUGUCAACAUCAUCUCCACCACCAGUGGUAAGACCACAACUUCAGCACCACCAAGACAGUACCUCUGCAACGUGGACAGGCCAGAUUAUGUAAUAAAAAUUGGUUUUCCUUCGGGGGCCACCGUUGGAUACGCCAAAACUCAAAUCAGAGAUAUACUGAAGGUGGAAUUUAACAAGUCGGUGGAGCUGCAGGUUGUGGAUCCCCCACCAAGAUUUGUGUUUCGGGUGGUGUCUGGUCCGGUGUUGUACACAGCCAUAUCUGUCAUCAAUGCUCUGCGAAGAUCUGGGCGCCGCUUUCUGUCCCUGUCUCCCAGCUGGACGACACCCAACACUAAAUAUCAAGUCCACACAGUGCUGCAGUUUGUUCCCCGUCACAUAGACGUACGCUACUGCAACUUCAGUGAGAGCAUUGAGAAAGGUUUGACCAAGGCAUUUGCAGAAGUGCGCCGGCGCUCAAAGGAGUCGACCAACUUCACAGUGCAUAUUGUAAACAUCACCAUGGCAGCUUCAAAGUUUGAAGAACAGCGAGUGGUGAAGCAGCCAGUGGAUAUCACCUUCACUGUUCGGGGUUCGAGGGGUUACCUGAUGGGCUCAGAGGUCAGCAAUGCGCUGAUUAAGCUCACAAUGGUGGAAUUCAGCUAUUACAUGGGCUUCCCUGUACUGCAGAUAGCUGAGCCUUUCCAUUAUCCAGAGUUGAACACCAGCCACUUGCUUCGCUCUUCGUGGGUUAGAACAGUGCUUCUCGGAGUGCUGGAUGAGAAAGUGGGUGAGAGGACCUUUCAAGCUAACAUGGAGCGUCGGUUGGCCAUGCUAGUCGGGGAGGCAACGGGAUCAGUCAGACGAGUUAAAAGAGCCACCACCAUAGGAAACAACAGUGUUCAGGUUGUCCGCGUGGACCGACUGGUGGAUGCGGACCACCCCUUAGAAAUAGUGUAUUUCGUGGAGGGUCCCAGUGGUCAGAGGAUGCCUGCAGCGCAAACAGCUGACCUACUUAACAGCAUGGACGUUCAAAGGGCUGCCAUUGUCCUGGGAUAUCGUGUGAAGGGAAUUUUGGCACAACCCGUGGAGAAGGUGGAGGCCUCGCCCUCCGACACGGAGAACACCAACAUGUGGAUCAUCAUCGGGGUGGUGAUCCCCCUCCUGGUGGUCGUCGUGAUCAUUUCCAUCCUCUACUGGAAACUGUGUCGCACGGACAAGCUGGAGUUCCAGCCGGACGCCAUGACCUCAAUCCAGCAGAGACAAAAGUUGCAGGCUCCCAGUGUGAAAGGCUUUGACUUUGCCAAGCUGCACCUCGGCCAGCAGAGUAAAGAUGAUGUCAUGGUGAUCCAGGAGUCUGCGCUGCCAGGACCCGGCACCGGGCCCCACCCUGUGUCCAUUAAAGAUGGCCUCAGUCCAUCUGAGAACGGGGAGAUUCCUACUCCCAUAUCCAAAACCUCUGCCUCCUCCACGAAAGCGUCCCGCAGCGGCCGCAGGCGAGAGAGGAUCUCCCCGUCAGACGGUGACUCGGUGGUCAGCGACCAUUCAAGUGAGCGGGAAUCCACGGAGGAGAACCUGAGAGUCCACGCCACGCCCAGCGACAGCAAGCAGACCCGCAAAGUCCCCAUCAAUGUUUUAAAUGGCAAGAAUAGAAUUGGUCCUCCCCCUAUGAAUGGUACGAACGAGCAGCUCUCCUCAGCCUCCAUCUUUGAGCACGUUGAUCGGAUGUCUCGUGCCACGGAGGCGAGCAGGAGGCUCCCCAAUAAAGUCCAGCUCAUCGCCAUGCAGCCCAUGCCCGUCCCUCCGCUGCACAGUCCGCCCGUCAACGGCAAACUGUCGGACACAAAUCAUAUCAACAAAGAGAUUCAGGUGGCACUGAGGCAUAAGUCAGAAAUUGAGCACCAUCGAAACAAGAUUCGCCUGCGUGCGAAGAGGAAGGGCCACUAUGACUUCCCUGCCAUGGACGACAUGAUCGGUGGCCCCGGAGACACGAAGGAGCAAGAUCGUAUCUAUCACAAAUCACAGACGCAGAUUGAUAAGAUCCUGGACCCGGAUGCUCAUAUGCCCUCAGUAUUUAUGGAAUCCAAGAAGAGCGGUCGGGGGAAGCGCUCUCCGAAGCAGAGGAUGAAGGAUCAGCUUAACGGAGGCAUGAUAGAAGCAGACAAAGACCACCUCAUCACUGAAGAUAGUGAUGCCGCUUACAGAAAGUGCCCGGGGGUCAACAAUGUGGCGUACGUGUCUGACCCCGACCAAGGCCCCGGAUCCCCGCACAGGAGCCCCUCCCCCACGGACGAUGUCUUCCUAGGCCCCGCCUCCUCUCCUCCGGGCCACGCCCCUCCCCCGCCCCCCUACAUGCCUCCGCAGCCCUCCAUCGAGGAAGCGCGGCAGCAGAUGCACUCGCUGCUGGACGACGCCUUCGCCCUCGUGUCGCCCACGUCCCAGGGCGGCACAGCGGGGAUCACGCUCCCGGGGGUCACCAGCAACCCCCCCAUCUCCAGCCCCCCAGGCCGCGGCCCCAGACACUGGGGUCCCUCAUACCAAGCUCUUAGCCCUUUCACUGGUAGAUUUACCGACCUGGGCCUGUCCUCUCCUGCAGUCCAAGGCCUGACGCCAAGACAGGGCCUUGGCUCGAGCUACCUGGCAACGGGAGAAGCAGCGGGGCACGGCGAGCACCUCCAGCCAGACAGCCUGUACUCCAGCAGGGGCCUGUACGCCGACGAGCUGCCCUCCUCAGCCAGACCGCGUCCGGUCGGAGGCACUGCAGGUGCCCAGCUCCAUCAUCUGACCCAGGUGGGUUUGUCCAGUCGGAUGAACGGUUUCCCUGCAGGGGUGAGGGCAGCGCCGGGCGAGAACGGAGGCUUAGGCUGGAACCCGUACCACGACGACAAGUUCUCCAGAGCAGAACCUGAAAAGGAUGCAUUCCUGGACUGUCCUGACUACCCGCCCUCCUCUAUCUUCCAGAUGCACAGGAGCGUCAUGAGGGAGCCGGCCUCGCCCCCGUCCCACCUGGACACGUCCGGGGUGGGCUACCUGACCGCCCCGCCGCCCCUGGACACCUCCCCCCCCACCCACUCCUCCGCCUCCCUGAUCAAGGCCAUCAGAGAGGAGCUGUUGCGUCUCUCCCAGAAGCAGGUGCCCAGUUACCACAGCUGAAGGCCCCCGUGACCCGCGGCCUAAUAACACCCUCUAACCAGUCAUGUCACUGACCCCGCCUGCCUGCUUCGCCUGGUCUGACGAUGCUUCCCAUGGAAGUCCCCCCCCCCCCCGAAGACGUAGUCCUGGUGGCUCGCUGAGACAUGUAGCAGAGGACGCUGCCCUAGUGAAGUAGAAGAAUCAAAAGGACACCAACAGUGUGCGCGGGAUGAAACGGGACGUACGCGGACUUGUCGCGCCUGUUGUUUCCGUCACGUUCCGGCUACUCGGACUUGAUUCGCUGCAUUUCCUCGGACUCUUGGUUUUCAUUCUUACGUCGCCUUCGCAAACCCCCCCGUCAGACCACGACCGUGUCAUUUUUUAAGACAUGUUAUUUUCAGAGCAGGCCCUUAACUUCAUUUAUUUUAUUUUUUAUUUUUUUUUUCCUUUUUUCUUCCCCCCAUCAGGUGCUACUUGCUGUUUUUCUGCCACGAUGAGCCAUGCUAUGCCUUGACACUGUGAUGUAGUUCACCCGACCCCCUGUCCACCGUCAGAGCCGACAGCAGGGUCACAGGUCACAGCCAGCGAGCCAGUUCAGAGAGCGGGCACCAGGGGGCAUCCAUCCACAAUAACAAUAAUAACAAUAAUAAUACUCAUUAAUACUACCUAUCCGUUCCUUAAUAACUGCAGUAGAACAGUGUUAGUCUCGACUUACAGUACAUCUUACAGUUUGUUUUUUUUUCCCGUAGCUGGUUUUUUAUUUGUUUAGAAGCUUAUAAUCGGUGGUCGAACAAAUUGCUGAAGAGGACGUGUUACUAAUAAUCAAUGACAGUAUGUACUUGACAAUUAUGGACAAUUAGUACUGUAUGUAUUCAGUAUUUGGUUGUUAUUUGUUGCACUGUAUGCAGACUACUUGGUACGGCUCAGGUCUUUAAAAAAAAAAAGAGAGAUUUCCUUGCAGACAAGUCAGUGGACAAAUGUCCUGUGGAAAAGGUGUAAAUUAGGGAAAGCCACAGAUGUCAGUAUUCUCUGUAUUAACUGGACCACCUUCCUCUUUUUUUUUUUUUUUUUCAUGCAGUAUUUAAUGUUUGCCUUUUUAUCAGCAGCACAGGGAGGGAAAAAAAAAUGUAUUUGUUGUAAUUUAUGGUCCUUUUUUUUUUUUUUUUUAAUUGCCUCAUGUAGUUCUGUUGAUCGCGUCAUUAGAAAUCAUUCCAGGUUUUGUUUUUUUUUUUUUUUUUUUUUUAAAUCCCCUGACAUGUUGUUAUGUUUAAGGGGCCUGACGUGAUAAUUUAUUUAAAUUAAAUAAAACAGAAAAUUAUGGAUUUUUAAAAAGCAGGGCUUGGAUGAAAAAAAAUAUGUUUGGAUUUUGUCCCAGUAUUAUUUGGCUGAUUAAUAAUGUUCCAAACAAAAGCCUUUGGUUUGUGGGAGCGGACUCUUCAUGCCGUGUAUUGUUGCCUUUCGGACUCACCUGAGACGACUACGCAUUAACAGCAGCAAAUCCUCUGUACGUUAACUCGCCCCAAAUGAUCUUAAACAUAAACUGAAGUAACAUCCAGACUGGAGAGACAUCCUAGUUUCUGGUUGUGCACUAACACAACUCCACAUUCACGUCUAUGAACCUCACACUGUAUGCCUCCAUCUGCUGGUCCUGUACUGUAACUACAUCUCUUUGUGUUCAUCACCAUUUUUUUUUUUUUUUAUGAUUAUUUUUGCUGUCCUUAUCUCGGUAAUCCUUUUUUUUUCUACUUUGUGAAAGCGAUCCGUUGGCUGGCCCAACUUUACGUUCUUGUGGUGCAUGUUCGAUUAUUGUACGUCUCUGGUUUGUUUUUGCCGCAUGCCGUUUCUAAAUUCUUGAAAUACAAAACAAGCUGUCACUCA